CUCUCUCUCUCUCUCUCUCUCUCUCUCUCUCUCUCUCUUUCGAUCUCAGUCCCCCAACCAAACGAUUGUGAUGCCUACUUGGUGGGUGAGGAAGUCGGGAAAGAACAAAGACGAUUCCCACCACCUCCUUCAAACCCAAACUCGCUCCGUCUCCGAUAAGUCUAUCAGAAGAAUCUCCGCAGAUAACAAAUCCAGCCCCGAUCCGGUCACUCCUUCUCGAUGCACCCCGCGCUGCAGCCGCGAAUUCGCCGGCGGCGCUUCCGGCUUCUCCGACGAGAAGAGAUGUCACCCUCUCCCUCUCCCGUCGCUCUCCGCUUCUUCCGUUCCUAGCGAUCAAGCCGCCGGUGGAUCGGUUUCUGGAUCGGCUUCUGUCUCCAGCGUUAGCUCGUCUGGAUCGGCUGAAGACCAGAGUCAACCCACUGCUCCUAGGAAAUCUAAUGCUGCUGCAGCGGUUUCACCAAAGGCGGGAACUAGACCUACCUCUCCACUGCAUAACAGAUUCUCCGGGAUGACGUUAGAGUCUUCUUCUUCUAAUGAUGGAGGGAGGUCAUCUGAGUAUCAUCCUUUGCCUCUCCCGCCGGGAUCUCCUACAAGCCCCUCCGUUGUGCUUCCGUGUUCUCCUACCAGCCCUGCUUCUGGUGUGCAGCAAGGGGGGUCUUGGAUUGUAGGAGGAGGGUCGUCGGAGACGACGACGACGGCCUCUCCUCCUUUGGGGGUUUCCAAGUGGAAGAAAGGGAGAUUUAUUGGGAGUGGCACCUUUGGCAAAGUCUAUCAAGGCUUUAAUAGUGAGGAAGGAAGAAUUUGUGCUAUUAAAGAGGUCAAGGUCAUUUCUGACGACAAAAACUCAAAGGAAUGUCUGAAGCAACUAAAUCAGGAGAUAACUGUGCUGAGCCAGCUUUGUCAUCCGAAUAUUGUUCAAUAUUACGGAAGUGAACUGAGUGAAGAAACCUUGUCCGUCUACUUGGAGUUUGUGUCAGGAGGCUCAAUCCAUAAACUACUCGCGGAGUAUGGUGCUUUCACUGAACCUGUUAUCCAAAACUACACACGGCAGAUUCUCUCCGGGCUUGUCUAUUUACAUGGACGAAAUACAGUGCAUAGGGACAUCAAAGGAGCAAAUAUAUUAGUGGAUCCAAAUGGUGAAAUCAAGUUGGCAGAUUUUGGGAUGGCCAAACAUGUAACAGCCUAUUCUACUAUGCUUUCUUUCACGGGGAGUCCUUAUUGGAUGGCACCCGAGGUUGUGAUGCACAAAAACGGCUACACUCUUGCAGUCGAUGUGUGGAGUUUGGGUUGUACUAUUCUCGAAAUGGCAACAGCAAAGCCACCUUGGAGCCAGUUUGAAGGGGUUGCUGCAAUUUUCAAAAUCGGGAACAGCAAAGACAUGCCAGAAAUACCUGAUCACCUUUCAAAUGAUGCAAAGAAUUUUAUAAGACUAUGUCUGCAACGAAAUCCGACAGUGCGUCCUACGGCUGCUCAGCUUCUAGAACACCCUUUUCUACGUGUACAUUCACCGAGAGUGGCUAAUACCAGCAUGCACAAAGAUGUCCCCCCACGUCCCUAUGAUGGACCCUCCUCACUGCCUACAAGGGAACCACCUUUUUCAGGGAGACAUCCUGUCUUUCAUCCUAUAAAGAGCCCUAGCAGAGAAAACGUAAGAGCCAUCACAUCCUUGCCAGUAUCUCCAUGUGCAAGCCCUUUAAGGCAACUUGGACCAGCAUACAAAAGUUGUUUCCUGUCACCUCCUCAUCCCUCUUAUGCAUUUCCCGUGCACGAAAGUGGGUACAACCAAGCUGAGUUUGCUGCAAGUCCAUUUAGGUUCAAGAAAGACACAUCGAUAGAACCAUCCAGUUACAGAGCCCAGGCGCCGAGUUCACCCUUCAGAUCAAGACUGGUGUAGAUCAUUAAAGUGAAGAUUGAGAUUUUGAGAGAGCCGCAUCCGAAAGAGUUGGCCCAAGGGAUCAAUGUACAGACAGUGUCUUUCUUUCUCUAGACCCUGGAACUUUAGGUGUGUGUGGGUGGGAGAAUCAGAAUUGGAACAAGAAGAGGAAGGGUUUAAGUGUAAACUGGGGCACAAAAAAAAGAUGUAAAAAGCAACAUGAAAAUGAAUACAAAGAUUAUAGAAGCGAGGAUUAAAGAUAAUAGUAAGUUGUGUUGUUAUACAAAGAUGAUAUUCAGUCUUGUCUUCUCAAAAAACAACCAGAAUGUUGUAUGGCUUUACCGUGUGAAUAUUUCUUUUAGAAAAAUUCGAUGAGUUUGAUUAUUUCUAAUC